ACCGCAAGGCUCAGAAGAAUUCAAAUAGAUUACCAGAGAUACGUCAUGCUUACUGGUUGGGAGCACUAUGCUUUAUUAGUAAUGAAGGUGAAGAGUAUCGAAUAUCAAAUAGGAUUUGAAGAGUUUGUCCACAACGCUUGCGAACAUGAUGAUACAAAAUGGAGCAGGAUAGAAAAAAAAUUUUUAGCAAUGCAACUUGGGCUCUUUCGACUGCGACAGGCAUUGCGAGAAUAUAGAGCUAAUAAAAAUGAUUUUAACAAUGCCGAAAUGUUAGAGAUUCUUGUGUAUA